GUUUAAAUAUGUCGGAAGAAACAAAACAAACCGUAAAGGAGGAUAUUUAACCCGGGACAAAGCGCGUUAACGCCUUAGUUCAAUGGCUGCGUUAUGUAACUACAUACUGUGCUGUAGAGAUUAAUGAACGUACACAUAAAGGCCGUGAGGAGAUGUAAUGGAGGCGGGUGAAAGAGACAGACGGCGGCUAACGAGGGCCUGUAAGAGGCCGGACUCCCAGCCCCAGGUCGGGAAUAACAGUGGAACUGCACCGGUUCUGCGCUCGCUGAGCACCGGGAAUGUCCGAGCGGACUCGGGCGGUAUGGAGGAGGACGAAGAGCGUGUGAAGAACGGGCUGUUGGAGCAGAAGGUGGUGGCUCCUCGGUAUAACCUGGUUCGGGAGAUAGGUAGAGGGAGUUAUGGCGUGGUGUACGAGGCCAUAGCCCGGAGCUCAGGGAACGUGGUGGCGGUGAAGAAGCUCCGCUGCGAUGCUCCUGAGAACGUGGAGCUGGCACUGGCGGAGUUCUGGGCUCUCACCAGCCUGGAGAAACGCCAUGAAAACGUGGUGCAGCUGGAGGAGUGUGUGCUCCAGAGGAACGGCAUGGCGCAGAAAAUGAGCCACGGAAACAAGCGCUCUAAACAGUACUUGCGCUUGGUGGAGACUUCACUGAAAGGUGAGCGGGUGUUGUCGAGUCCUGAGGAGCCGUGCUACCUGUGGUUUGUCAUGGAGUUCUGUGAGGGAGGAGACCUGAAUCAGUUCGUCCUGUCGCGGCAGCCCAAUCAGCACACCAACGCCAGCUUUAUGUUGCAGCUAAGCAGCGCCGUGGCCUUCCUGCACCAAAACAAUAUUGUACAUCGAGACCUUAAGCCGGAUAACAUUCUGAUUUCUGAGCGCUCUGGAGCUCCAGUGCUGAAGGUGGCAGACUUUGGACUGAGCAAAGUGUGUGCAGGACUCACGCUGGACACCAGCAGCUGUGACGACACCAAGGACAAAAACAAAAAUGAAAUUAAUGUGAACAAGUUCUGGCUGUCCUCAGCAUGUGGUUCGGACUUCUACAUGGCGCCCGAGGUGUGGGAGGGCCAUUAUACAGCCAAGGCGGACAUUUUUGCUCUGGGCAUUAUUAUUUGGGCAAUGAUCGAGCGGAUCACAUUUAUAGAUGCCGAGUCGAAGCGCGAGUUACUUGGCACGUACGUCAGACAGGGUUCGGACAUUGUGCCCGUUGGUGAGGCACUGCUUGAGAAUCCAAAAAUGGUGCUGAGCAUCCCACAGCGGCGGCGCUCACACAUGUCGACGGCACUCCGGAACCUGCUGCAGGACAUGCUGGCUGUCAACCCACAGGACCGGCCGGACGCUGAGGAACUAUAUGGCAGGAUGAGUCGGGUCACUUGUGCUGCGUGAAGUAUCACGUCUAUGUCACACACAGGCUGUAUGUUGCAGGAGCUCUGCACCAAAAAAUGGAAAGGAUAGCUACACCUUUGAAUACUGUGAUGAUUCUGCUGAACAUGAAUGUGAAGGGAAAGGAUGUUCCCAUGCAGGACCUAUGAGGACUCUUAAAGCAACAGAUUUCACUAUGCAGUUGCAUUUUGGUGUUAAUUUCAUUUUGUUUACAGUAUCCACUAGAAAAUUUGUGUUGAUUCUGUUUGACAUUUUCUGUUUAGCUUCCUUAACCAACUAGGGAUCAUUUUGUUUGUUUUUAAAGUUUAAUACUCUCUUUCCAAAACACGGAACACACCCACUUUAUCUAAAGGGUGCAGUUUGGACCAUUUGUAGUACAGCUUGUCUUUGGCUCUUGUAUACUCCCAAAGGUUAGACCAAUGAGACUAGGAGCAUAAUUAAUUCCAAGCCUUUACCUGUCAAAAGCAGUGAAGUAAAUGUUAUGUAAUGGCCUGAACCUGAUCUGCUGUUCUGAUGGGCUCAACACUCACCUGACUCACCUUUAAUAAGGCUGUUAAAUGCCAGCAAUCACAUUAGUAUUACAUUCAGUGUGGAAGGUAUUUUAAUAGAUUUGUUUAUAUGGAGGUAAUACAAUCAUCAUAAUUUGUGCCACAGUAAUUGUUUAAAUCGCUUCUUGCCAAAAGAAACAUCAGUUAUCGAUUAGAAGUUUUUUAUGUCAGAAGUAGAAUUAGAUUUAAUUAAGCAUUUGAUUUCAAAAAACAAGUUGUUUUUGG